GGUGGUCCAGUCCCAUAAGAAGCAACUAUUCUACUCUAGAGUGCUUACAUUCUCUUUUCGCUUGCAGUCACUUGGUCUCCUAAAGUCUUGUCUACAAUGGGCAUUUUUUUAAGAUGUUUUCAGGAAGAGGUGAAAUGAACUUUUUGAAGAGAGCAGAAGAUCUCAAUAUAUCUUCAGAGGUCACUUAUGCUGAAGUGAGGUUCAAAAAUGAAUCCAAGUCCUCAGGCAGCCAAUCAGAGCCUCCUGAAGCUUCUAAAGAGAACACCAGCUUUCGCAAAUGUAACUCUGGUUUUCUCAAGCUACCUCUUGUCUUAUUGCUGACAUUUUUGCUGCUAUUUGGAAUUUCAUUUUCUGUCGCUUUUACCAUUUAUUAUCACAAAUAUUCUCACUGUCUUAAAGAAGAAAAGACUAUAAAGGAAAUCAGGUACACAACACUGGAAUGUGUGAAAGAAAACUUGAAGAUGGAAGGGCCUUCUUUCAAGACGGAGCAAGUCUGGAGCUGCUGCCCAAAGAGCUGGAUUUCAUUUAGAUCCCACUGCUACUUUGUUUCUGCUAACAACAGAAACUGGAGUGAGAGUGAGAAGCACUGCUCAGAAAUGAAUGCGCACCUGCUGGUGAUCACCACCAAGGAAGAGGAGGAUUUUAUCACCCAGAAACUACCUGUGAAAAAUGUUUAUUAUAUAGGGCUGUCAGACCCAAAGGGGAAAAGACAAUGGCAAUGGGUUGAUCAGGCACCAUACAACAAGAGUAUAACAUUCUGGCACCCAGGUGAACCCAGUAAUCCUAGUGAGCGUUGUGUUAUCCUAAAUUAUGCAUCAAAACAAUGGGGCUGGAACGAUGUCUAUUGUCAUGGAGCUCAGACUUCAGUUUGCAAGAUGACGAAGAUCUACAUAUGAAAGGAACAUUCUUCAUGAGCAAGUGGUUCUGUUGGUGUCCACUAUUAUAGAGAUAGCUAAUUUGUUCUUUUUAUUCAUGUGUGAGUCUUGUAAAAGAGAUCUCCUUUUCAAUUUUUCAGUAGCCUGUCAUCUAUUCUACUUAUAGAAUCAGUGCACAGAUUCAAUCAUUUAAUCUUUCAUGAAAUGAACAUACAUUGAACAUUUUCCAUGUGUAGAGACUAUACUGGAAAGCCCUGUUGCAGACAAAUGAAGGGAGUGUGAGCCUCCUUUCCUAAUUUUGUCUGAUUGCUAAGGCUUAGAUACUGAUCUAAUUAUAUGAUGUGAUUCCUCCAUCUGUCUGAAUUUUUCUCUUUAUGGGUUAGUCAAAAGCAAAAUAAUCCCAACCGUUACUUUACAUUUCUCUCAGACAGAUUAAUUACCUUUCACUGAAAGCGUAUAAUGUAGCAGUUGGAAUAUAAUACACAUCCAUGGAAGACAAGUUCUAGCUUUGGCCCAGUGGAUUCUUUGGGCUUCUCAGCAUUCUCUGUUCAGUCUUGGCCUGUCGUUUAACAUCAGGGUAGGCAAAGGGAAAUCAGAGAUUGAGCAUUAGAGAUUUAGAAUUAGAGAAUUAGAAUUAGAAAUUAUUACUAGUCAGUUGACAUAGCUUUAUGUUCAUCAGGUAUUCUGGUAAUUUUUCCUUUGCUUCAUUCAGUUUAUAGUUUCUAUGUGUGGGUUGCCACUCAAAUGGCCCUUGAUUUAUUUGCAUUUCCAUUUUUACUAAAGUUCUUACAGAUCAUUUUCUUUCUACUACAAUAUAAAAUAUGCCAUAUUUACAAUAAAGUCUGUAAUUCAUUGCCUUAGUGUGAUAAUUAUAAUUGAUUAUGAUAAAGCUGCUUCUCACCAUGGCUAUCUAUUGAGACCUGGGAUUGGGCCCUGAUUAUCUUGAUGUAACUGAGUAAUUGCAUUUUUCACUUGUUUCCUGACUAUAUCUAAAGCCGAAUUAUUUUUAUACAGAUCUGAUCUUAUCUACUAUAUGUAGAAUUUAUCAGUUUACUUCCCAGAGAACAACUUACGUAAUAAAUCUGGGAGAAUUCUGGGGGAACUUUAUUUAGAAUGAACUUUGCCCACUAUUAUUUCAACAAUAUGGGGAUGGAAUGAAGGAAGGGCAGAAAAAGCCACUUCACUACAUGCCUUUGAUUUUCAGAAUAGACGGUGUGCUUGAACUGCAGCGAAAUGGAGAAUGGUGAUAUUAGUCAGUACUGGAACUUUUCUCUUCCCUUACAUUUUAUGAAUAUGAUUCGGAACUUAUUUUCUUUAAGUUUCCCCAGAGCACCAUUAAAUCAAGAUUGUGUGAAACAGAUUUUAUGUAUUUUUUGUUUAAAGAGUAAAAUAAAAUGACGAAGUAUCCAACUAACUCCAAUUUAUAAAAAGAAUUGUGAAAAAUAAUAAAAUUGUUUCAAGUCAUUAAGUUUUGAGGUGGCUUAUUAUUCAGCAAUGUAUAACUGGAACACUUUUGAAUUACAUUACAGUUUUGAACCAAGAUUCUACAAAAUAAUGAAAGAUGCUCAAUCACAUUGCUGUCUCUAAAAACAUUAGUAAUAAUUUUAAAAUGAGAGUAUGUUAAUUUUACCAUCAGUGAGUAAAAUGCAGAAUUAAAGUGUUCAUUUUUUAUAUCAUUUAAUUCCUAUUCUUAUAUAGUGGGUAUAUUAUAUUACAUCAUAGGUAUGUGGUUUUUAAAUAAAUAAGUGUUCAAAAUUAAGUAUGUGUAUACUAAAUUUUUUUCCUACUAUUAAGGAUAUGUAAUCAAAAAUUGUUUUGAGAUCACUAUUCUAGAAGAUGGGUCUUAAAAUGCUUGAUGAAAGUUUAGGUAAAUGUUCUAUUUAAGUUAAAAGAAAAAGACAGGCUACAUACAGAAAUAUUUGAAGAAAGUAUGUUUGUGUGUUGGUUUAUUUGGCAGAUAUAGUUAAGUCUACAAAUGAAAUAUGUCAGAAUUUUAGCGUCUAUAUUCAUCUUUAUAGUUACUAUUGAAAACAAAUAAACAUGUAAACAAGUAAAUCUACCAAUGCUUCAAGCUCUUUUGGUCCACCUCCCACUUAGUAAAUGGAAGAGAAGGCAGGAACUCUGUGGAAUGUCCGGUACUGGGGAAAGUACUUCUGCCCGUGGGAAUUAAAUUUUUUUUAUUUUUUAAAUUUU